UCUCCAGUUCUACUAUCACAUGUAUGGUGCAGACAUGGGGACAUUAACUGUGAAAUUAAAUGGAAUCAAAUUGUUCAAUGCAAGGGGGGAUCAAGGCAAUUUGUGGUUGGGAGCGGCUUUUGAUGUAAAUUUAUCAGGAAUGUACACGGUUACAUUUGAAGCAACAAAGGGACUUGAUUACCGAAGUGACAUCGCAAUAGACGACUUUAUGUUGGAAUCAGGAUAUUGUCGUUCAACCUUUAGUUGCAACUUUGAUACAUCCAUGUGCGGUUUUGUCCAGGAUAGUAAUGAUGACUUUGACUGGACACGACAUCAGGGAAGCACUCUUUCUAGUGGUACUGGACCAUCUGCUGACCACACCACUGGAAAUGGUAUGAAUAUAGACCUUCCUUGA